CAGAAGGGGAAGCGGAGAGUGAGGGCCAGGCCCCUUGGGGGCUGAUGGCCAGAGGACUGCUGAAUCUGUACUGGGUGCUCAGCUGGCUUUGUGUGCUGCUGAUGGUGGAGACAGUGUCGGAGGCCGGGGGCCCAUCUGCAGGGACCCGCAUUAGCUCCCAGUUUCCAGCCUCGGGUGUGAACCAGAGCCCCGUGGUAGACUGUCGAGAAGUGUGUGGCCUGAAUGCCUCUAACCGCUGUGACUUCGUCCGCUCCAACCCGGACUGCCGCCGUGAAGGGGGAUACCUGGACUACCUCGAAGGCAUCUUCUGCCACUUCCCACCCGACCUCCUCCCUCUGGCCGUUACUCUCUACGCUUUUUGGCUGCUCUACCUGUUUCUGAUUCUGGGAGUCACCGCGGCAAAGUUUUUCUGCCCUAACUUGUCAGCCAUUUCGACCACACUCAAGCUUUCCCACAACGUGGCAGCCCCUUGACACGCUCCCCCACAUGGCGUCACCUUCCUGGCUUUUGGGAACGGGGCACCGGAUAUCUUCAGCGCCCUGGUGGCCUUCUCAGGUCCGCGCACAGCCGGCCUGGCCUUUGGGGCACUGUUUGGCGCAGGCGUGCUGGUUACCACCGUGGUGGCUGGCGGCAUCGCCAUCCUGCACCCCUUCACAGCAGCCUCGAGGCCCUUCCUCAGGGACAUCAUAUUCUACAUGGUGGCCGUGUUCCUGAUCUUCACCGCACUCUACCGCGGCAGGGUCACGCUGGCAUGGGCCCUGGGUUACCUGGGCUUCUACGUGUUCUACGUGGUCACUGUGGUUCUCUGCACCUGGAUCUACCAAUGGCAGUGGAGGAGAUCCUUGGUCUGCUCCAUGCCAGGUACUCCAGAGAUGCUCUCAGGUUCCGAGGAGGAUCGGAUGUCUUCUAACACCAACAGCUAUGACUACGGCGAGGAGUACCGGCCGCUGCUCUUCUACCAGGAGACCACGGCUCAGAUCCUGUUGCAGGCCCUCAACCCCCUGGAUUACAGGAAGUGGAGGACCAAGUCGGUGUACUGGAGGACCCUCAAGGUGUUCAAGCUGCCCGUGGAGUUUCUGCUGUUCUUCACCGUUCCCGUCGUGGACCCUGACAAGGAGGACGGGAACUGGAAACGGCCCCUCAACUGCCUACACCUGGUCAUCAGCCCGCUGUUCUUGGUCCUGACCCUGCAGUCGGGGGCCUAUGGCGUCUAUGAGAUAGGUGGCCUCUUUCCCGUCUGGGCCGUGGUGGUGAUCGCAGGCACAGCCUUGGCUGCAGUGACCUUUUUUGCCACAUCCAACAGUGAGCCCCCCAGGCUUCACUGGGUAAGAAACCUAGACUCUCCAAGCCGGGAGAGGGGACACUGAGGUCUCCUGGGCAGAUGUUCUGGGACAAUUUGGCCGCUAAUCACUUUCCACCAUGACAGGUCUUUAAAGCCGCUUUUAAGGAGUUUUGUGCCUGUUCAGGGUCCACUUCUUUUGGUAACAGCUUUAUUUUAUUGCGCUGUAAUUCAUACACCAUACAAGUCACCCGUUUGAGGUAUACAAUUUAAUGGUGUUCAUUAUAUUCACAGAGUUGUGUAACCAUCACCACAAUUUGAGAGCAUUUUCAUCACCCCAAAAAGAAACCCUGUUCCCAGUAGCAGUCACUCCCCAUCCUCCCCACCAUCCCCUGGCCACCACGAGUCUGCUUUCUGCCUCUCUAGAUUUUCCUGUUCUAUAUAUUUCACAUACAUGGAAUCAUACAAUAUGUGGUCUUUUAUG